AUGGGUUCCCUUCUUUCGUUCUUUUUUUUUUUUUUUUUUUUUUUUUGUCUGUCUGAAAACGAAGUUGCUUAA